GAAAAUAUCACGGAUAUGUAUGAAGGGCUUUAAAAGAAAUAUACACACCACUAUGAUCAUUGCAGAAAGUAUGCGUCGAUUUCAGCUUAUAUUGUGUGUUGCAGUGGUCAAUGCAUUGGUUUUUCAAGGGAUGCAACCGCCAUUCACAGAUUUAAAUUUCGUUGGGGAAUAUCACUAUCAAGAUUUUAUAUCAUUUCUAAAGAGCGAGAACCGUUGUAGAUUUAUUCCUAUGAACAUUUCAUCGCAUUUGGAAAAUGACCAGUCAACAAGUAAUGACGUGUGUAUGGGUUUUAUGAAGACGGUGAAAAAUAUGUCUGCAGAGUCACAGAUUGGGAUUUUUGAAGUCAAAUACUUUGCAUUUGAUGUUCAAUAUAAUUAUGAACUAAAACCGUCUUCUUGUGAGUUCAAGGGUAACUUGCAACAUGUCGAGAUGAUGUUGAUAUGUCGCGGAAAAAACGUAGUAAAUGGAACAAGGUGUGAUAAAAAUUCAGCUUGUAAAAGAAAAGGAGAAGUUUGUCAAGGAAACUUGAUGAUGGAUGAUCAGUUCUGUACUCCCACUCGCCUUCUUUACCAAUCAUGUGAUGGAUAUUCACAAUGUGACAGGAAUAGUGAAUGUAGAUUGUUGGGAUCUAUAAAAACAUGUCAGUGUAUGGAUGGUUAUGUUGAUAUUAACUGGCACUGUGUCAAGUCUGAGUUGUCACUGGGAGAAGAUUGCAGCUAUGAUGAUCAGUGUUCGGUUACCAAUAAGGCCUCCCGAUGUCUGUAUAAUGAAACUAAGAACAGAAGAAUGUGUUCCUGUGUGAAAGGCUAUAUUGCCAGUGGUUCAAGAUGCAUAGCAGAUGGACUUUUUCUGCAUGGCCAGUGUAGAGCAAACAAACAAUGCACAGGGACGGAAAAUGCAAAUGUGUGCACACCCUAUGGAAAUAAAAAACAAUCGGCUUGUAUAUGCAACGACAAUUAUAUUGAAAUAAAAUCAAAAUGUUACAAAAGUAAUCGUCGCCUUCAUGAGUCUUGUGAAUGGUCAGAGCAGUGUACUGGGUCUACUGGAGCUAAUGAAUGUAAAUAUAAAGACGGAGUAAAUAUCUGCGCAUGCCCAGAGGGCAAAGAUGUUUUCAACGGAAUAUGCUUGAAAAGUAGAUUAACCCUCGAUGAAGCAUGCUGGGUAGGUGGACAGUGUACAGGUACACCAAACUCUGGCGUUUGUAUGGGUAAUCAAGAUAAAAAUGGAACACUGCUUUGUCAUUGUUCGAACGGAUCUAUAAGACAUAACAGUAAUUGUUUGCCAGCAAACAGAAAGCUUUUCGAAGAAUGUACGAUUAAUACUCAGUGUACUCAGAAGUCAGGGAAGGCCGUUUGUACAGCAUUACAUGAGAGAAAAUUGUGCAUGUGUAAAGCAGGUUACGUAGAGGAGAGGAAAUCUCUAAAGUGCCGCAAAGCUAACAAAAGAAUAAAUGAAAGAUGUCUUAUAAAUGAGCAAUGCAACGGAACAGAAAAUGCAAAUACGUGUCUUCAUAGAGAGAACAUAACCAGAUGUAGCUGUAACGACGGAUUUGCAUGGAUUCACGAAAAGUGUUUGAAAAUUGGAAGGAAACUAUUUGAAACGUGCAGUAAUCGUGAACAAUGCAAUGGGACAGACAAUGCAUGGAAUUGCACAGAUACACAUGUAGACAACAAUAAAGUUUGCUUCUGCCAAGAUGGGUAUUUGAAUUUUAAAGGACAAUGCAUUAAAGCUGGCAAAAAAUUAAAUGAAAUGUGUGAGACACAUCAGCAAUGCACUGGUACAGAUAAUGCAGAUACAUGUCGCCUUGUUGGAAGGUCAAGCAUAUGUAACUGUAACGACAAAUUUGAUUUAAUGGACGGAAAAUGUUUGAAAAUUGAAAGAAAACUUUUCGAAUCGUGUGUUAACUAUAAACAAUGCAACGGAACAAAACAUGCACAGAAUUGCACUGAUAUGAAUGAAGAUAACAACAAAGUUUGUGUCUGUCAAGAUGGAUAUUUUGAGUAUAAAAGAAGAUGCAUUCCAGCUAACCGAAAAUUCAACGAAACAUGUACAACGCAUCAGCAAUGUACUGGUACAGACAAUGCAAAUACUUGUAAUUUUGGAGAUGGUGUGUGUAGUUGUAACAAUAAGUAUACAGCAAUUAAUGGAAAAUGUUUGGAAGUGGGAUUGAAUCUGUACGAGUCGUGUGUUUAUCAUGAGCAAUGUAACGGGGCGGAAAAUGCAAGAAAUUGUACCGAUAUCGAAAAUAACACUGUAUGUUUUUGCCAAGAUAGCUAUUUAAACUUUAAAGGAAGGUGUAUCGAAGAUAAAAUAAACCUAGAUGAUAUGUGUGAAAUUAACCUUCAGUGCAGUGGAACAGAAAAUGCUGGUGUUUGUGGAAAAAACCAGACCUGUACAUGUGAUGAAGGAUUCAUACGAAGUAAAGAAGGAUGCUUACCAGAAAAGGACAUGCUGUUACUUCUGAUAGCUGUAGGAGGAAUCUUUGGCAUAUUGACAUGCUCACUUACUAUAUUAUUUGCACUGAAAAGAAGAAACCCAAAUACAAAACGUCUAGAAUGUCGCAGUUCUUCAAAUAUACCAGUGGGAAACAUCCGUUACUCAAUCGUAGAUAACAGUGCUUGUGGAAGUACAUCUGAGACUUCAGUGGAAAACCGACAAAGCUAUUGCAAUGCUUUAGCCGAAAACAUCUACGAUGAAGCCUAUCAAAGAGAGGAGCAAGGCACUGAAAACGUGUACAAUUGCUCGGAACCACAAUGUUAUGGAACACAGGAUUGUGAUAACGACAUAUACAAUCAUCUUCACCAAAAACCAAUACAGAUGUCUGACGCCAUAUAUGGCGUGCCAAAAUCGAUGUCAGAAUCGAUGUGUUCAAAAAUGCAAGAACACAGAUUAUGAAUAUUUGUUAUAAGUACUGUAUAGUACAUUUAUUCAGUUAUUGGUGCAGUGUUUUAUGUGCAAAGUAGCUAAGCUGAACACCCAAGAAGUUGGUUCAAGCAAACAUUGUUUGAAUUUUAUCACUUGUAAAAUAAUGCUUUGUAAUUUCUGUGUUUAUGUUCAGGUUAAAAAAUAUGAAGCAUAACCACACAGUGUAAAAUUGAUUAAAGGAAAGGAAAAUAUAUCGAUAAAAAAACUAUUUGUCCAAUACCGUGAUUUUACAUAGAAAUGAAACGAGUAACUGGGGAGUGCAAAUGCAUUUUUUAAUACCAUAGAACCCACAAACCUUGACAAAUUUUGAAAUUAAAAAAAAAACUACUAUGCAAGCAUCAGCCGAAGAAGGUAUCUGUUAGAAAAUUUUGUUUUCAAUUGAUAAGAAAUAUACUAAUGCAAGCAAGGAAUUUUGAGGUUACAACCUUAUAUAUUUCCAUUUGUGCAGGCCAUGUAAAAAUUAGACAUUACAACUGAUAUGGCAAAAUAAUGAUACAGGUAUGUUGGUCUAUGAUUUAAACAAUUUACUAUUUAACUUUGAGUGGGUAAUUCAGAGAUAGAAACUUCUCGUCGGUAAACCUAAUAAUGAUAAAUCCUUUUUUAGUUUUAUGUUACAUUUUCUAAAACUGACGUAUCCCUUUUUAACUUUUCCCUCAACACUUGUUAAACUGAUUUCGCUUAGUUUUGAAUAAGGGAUAUUUUCACACCAAGAUGCUUAUUUGGAAAAGCUUAAAAUGUAAAAAGUAAAAUUGUUUAAAUAAGCACUCGAUAUAGUAUAAAUUUGAUUUGAUUGCCUAAGCUACUAACAAUUUAUGCAAUACUGAAAUUGUAAUGGAAAAGCGUGUGAAUCUGCGGAAGUAGAAACCUAUUGUAUGUAUAUCUACCAGGAAAACUAUGGUAAUUUUUGUAUGUGUGGAUAGCAUCUUAUGUUCAUAGUCUAAACCUUAUGGACAAGAGGAAAUCACAAAGUUUGCACCGAUAUGAUCGACUUCUAGCUUGACCAAAUAUUUCUAAGAAGAAGCAAAAGUAGCCUAAGCACCCCUGUAUGUUAAUCAACACAAUUUAAACAAUUUGUGUAAAUACCCUGCAGCUUGUUUUGUAAAUGGUAAGCUCUCGUUGAAGCAUAAUCAGCGUGUUCGCUGAGAUUUUUGAACUGAAAACGAGAGAAGCGGUGAGCCAAUGUAUUUUUUUCACUGUAUAUAAUUUGACCUUGUGUUGUGCGUUAAGCUUUAAGUAGUAAGGUAUUAUGUAUUAAUCUCAAAACCUCCCUAAACUGAGAUGUUUGUCAAUUGAUAACCGAUAUUAAAACGUCAUCAUGAUUCAUCUGUGGGAAACAAGUUGUAAAUGUUUUCCCACAAUGAAGCGACUCCUACCUGUUUUUCAUAGUAAUGAGGGACAGCUCGAUAAAACCAUCUUUCUGUGUAUAUGAUUUCAUAUCCUGAAAUUUAGCCUCACAAAAUUGUCUCACUAAAACAUAUGGACCUUGCAUAAUAAAUUAUAUAGCCUCUCUGGCUUCAUUUAUCAAUAAGAGGUGUGUCUGAUAUUAUCAAACAUCUAGUGUCACUUUGAUAAUGCAUCACAAAAGUAAUAAUAUUUUGCCAAACUGAACAAGUAUAAGUUUGUAUAGCAAUAAACGACUGUGUUUCCUCCUUUUAUGUACUUUUAUAGUUUUUGAAAGUAUUACGUCAAGUUUCCUUUUUAAUUUAUGUAUAAAAACUCCUCAUUCGGAGACAGGUACACUACAGUCAAAUUAAAAAAUUCAGAAAAUGAAGACUAUAU